UACACUGAUCAUCAGUGCCCUGAUGAUCAGUCUGUCACGCUGACAGAGGAGAGGAGAGCCGGUAAUCGGCAUCCCUCAGAGGGGACAUGUGCACUAAUCAUCAGUGCACGGAGGAUCAGUGUGCUCUGAUGAUCUGUGUAGCCCCAGCAGUGGCACCUGUCAGUGUCCAUCAAUGCCAGCUGUCAGUGCUCAUCCAUGCCACCUGACAGUGCUCAUCAGUGCCACAUCAAUGCCGCAUACCAGUGCCUACCAGUGCACAUCAAUGCCACAUAUCAGUGCCCAUCUGAGCUGCCUUUCAGUGUCACCCAUCAGUGCCAGUCAGUGCCACCUAUCAGUGCUGCCAAUCAGUGCCACCUAUCAGUGCCAGCCUGUGCCGCCUAUCACUGCCAGUCAG